AGUACCACAUGGUCCCACCGAGUCCACUUCCACCUCACUCAGUCAAGCUGCUCUCCACAGCAGAAGCCUGAAAAGCCUCGUCCAGCUCAGCGAGCGACGAAUGGCGACCACCACCACGCCGGCCAAGAGGGAGCCGCUGCGUCCCCGGAGCACCAACACUGCCGCUGCUCCGGUUGCGGCGAGGCGCGGGCCGGCCUCCGCCGAGAAGGAGAGCCCGGGCCCUAAGAAGAAUCUCGGGCACGAGAAAGAUGAGAAGAAGCUUACGGCUACUACUGAGCUACUCAAGCCUGCGGUAGCACCCCCGCCCCCGCCGCCGCUGCAGCUCCGCAUGAAGGACGAGUCCUCCUCGUCGUCCGAGGCGACCGUGUUCGUCGGGCCGAGGGGGCGGGAUCUGCUCCCGCCGCCGGCGUCCUCGUCCUACGAGGCGUGGGACCUCUCCGGCAGCGAGUCGGCGCCGGCCUCCUCCUGGGCGAUCCUCCCCAACAGGGCGCUGCUGUGCAGGCCUCUGCCGCUGGACGUCGGGCGGUGCACCUGCGUCAUCGCCAGGGAAGCGGCCGCCGACGCCAGAGGGGUCGCUCUCUACUCCCUCUACACCAACGAGGGGCAGGGGCGGCAGGACCGGAAAUUGGCGGUGGCGCGGCACGGGCGGAGGAGAGGGAGGUCGGAGUUCGUCGUGGCGCAGAACCAGGACGGCGUCUUCUGCACCUCCGACAAGAACUUCCUCGGAACGGUGGCCGCCAAUCUGGUCGGAUCCAAGUACCAAAUCUGGGGCCAGGGGAACCGGGUUGAUGAAUUGAAGAGCCAGUCGAAACGGCUUCUCGGCGUUGUCGCGUUUGCCCCAACCAUCACAACGCUCACCGGGAGUUUCAGGAGCAUAAGGGCAUGGGUCCCCAAGAACCAGUCCAUGCAGCUCAAGACCAACAAUUCUGCUCAGAUUCAGCACAUCAGUGGGCUCCCAAAGGACUGGCAGGAGAAGAAGAGCAGAGCUGACCAGCUCUGCUCAAGAGCCCCAUUCUACAACAAUCAGAUGACAAAGCGCUACGAACUAGACUUCAGAGAGAGGGCAGGAAGGAUGGGGUACAAGGUGCAGACAUCAGUGAAGAACUUUCAGAUGACUUUGGAGGAAAAUGGAAGGCAGACAGUUUUGCAGCUUGGUAGGGUUGGAAAAUCCAAGUACAUAAUGGACUUCAGAUACCCAUUGACUGGCUACCAAGCGUUAUGCAUUUGCCUGGCAUCGAUCGACUCCAAGCUGUGUUGCACCAUGUGAGAUGGUAGUAAUCGUGGAAGAAGUGUUUACUUUUGCAGCUGAUGUUUUCUGCAAUCCCAGCCUUCUCGCCUUGGGAAGGGGGCUGAAUAAUUGAUCAAGCUAAUGUAGUUUAUCCUUUUACAACUAAAUUGUUGCUUGAUCAUUUUUAUCAUAGAAAUAUGUACA